AUGGAGUUUCAGCCAAUUCCUAGUCCUCAUAUUGCCGAUUACGUCGUUCUGGGACUGUUUCUCUGCGUUUGCAUGGGGAUCGGAAUAUUCUAUGGGUACAGGACUGACAAACAAAAAACACUUGAAAACUAUUUGUUUGGAAACCGGAAAUUACUUUUGGUACCCGUUUCGAUGUCACUGUUUGUUACUUUUGCUUCUGCUAUUUCAUUGAUGGGAAUUCCUGCUGAAAUCUACAUCUACGGGACAAUGUUUAUGUACUCUACGAUUGGCUUUCUAUUUUCUGUUUGGAUAUCAGGAAUAACCAUUGUUCCGAUGCUUUACCCGUUGAAACUCACUAGCACAUAUGAGUACUUGCAGUUGCGUUUCCGCUCUAAAGCAGUCAGGCUUCUCGGUACGCUGAUUGGGAUGUUGCAAACGAUUGCCUAUAUGGGAGUGACGUUAUACGCACCCGCUCUAGCACUUCAAACAGUGGCAGGGUUUCCGCUGUGGGUGUCAGUUGUUGUUAUUGGGGCUAUAGGAACAUUCUACACAUCAAUUGGUGGUAUUAAAAGUGUGGUAUGGACCGAUGUUUUCCAGUUCCUUAUGUUAUUCACAGGGAUCACGGCUGUUAUAAUCAAGGGUUUAAUAUUGGUCGGCACCGGAGAUGAACUAAAGACUCAAUUAGAGGGAGGUAACCGCCUUCAGUUUAAUGACAUAAGCCCCGACCCCAGCGUCCGUCAUACAGUGUGGGGUUGUCUCAUAGGACUUAUAUUUACUUGGCUUCCGAGUUGGUGCAGUCAAGCAAGCAUACAAAGGAUUUCUUCACUCAGAUCAAUAAAAGCCGCCCAAAAUGCCUUUUUCCUCAUGCUUCCGAUAAUUCUAAUCUAUAACAUUGUGCUAAUGUUCAUGGGAUCGUUAAUGUAUACAUACUACCGGAUGUCGAACUGUGGUCCUUUUGAAGCUGGCUUUGUGACUUCUAUGAAUCAGAUGACGCCAUAUUUCGUGUUUGAUGUUUUACGGACCCUGCCCGGGAUGUCAGGUGUUUACGUCUCCUGUCUGUUCAGUGGAUCCCUAAGCACAUUAUCGUCAGGACUAAACGCACUAGCAGCUAAUACAGUCGAGGAUGUCUUGCCACGCUCCUUUAGAUCAUCAAAAAUAUCUUUGGCAAAGAUAGCUAAAUUGACAGUUCUUAUUUAUGGUGUCUUCGCAAUUGGUAUUGCCUAUACAUUGCAGUAUGUAUCAGGUCCUAUCACACAGAUUACACUCGCGAUUUUUGGGGCCUGCGGUGGACCAAUGGGCGGGUUGUUCUUCCUUGGAGGUCUAUUUCCCAACGCAAACUGGCUGGGCGCCUUGGUGGGAAGUGUAUCAGCUUUGGUGAUAAACAUGUGGAUAGCUAUAGGUGCGCAGUUAUAUGGCAGUGCUCCAGUUCGUCUGGAGCCGAUUACAACCAGCGGAUGUUUCGCUAACGAUUCCUCAACAUUUAACCCCUUGUCUUACCAAAUAUGGAACAACACCAACACAACCAUGAUGACAGACCUUAACGUCACCAAUGUAGUAUCAGAUUUUGUAGAUCCUUCCAUGUAUGUUGAUGUGAUGUUGAUCCUUUUAUUCUUUGUUCUUGAUAUUCAGUUUUAUUCUAUUGUAAAGACGUCAAUUUUGGAUUUUGUUAAUUCUUUUACUGCCUUUCUCCUGGGUUUCGAUAGAGGAAACGUUGUUGACAGCAGUUUAAUCUUCCCUUGCUGUCGGAGAUUCUGGGGUUUGGAAGUUGACAGAUUAACUAUGAUAGAAACUUACCAAAUUACUUUGUUACCUAAAAAGGAAUCACAAAAUCAACAUAUACCAAAACAAGCUAUUGUUUCACGAACGCCACCGUUUGAUUUGCCAUCACAACCAGAAUAA